AUGUUCCGUGCUACUAGCUCCCGCAUGGCUGGCUUCGUGUUCCGUGAGAACCGUGUGCCCUACUACCAGCGUCUCUUCCAGAACCACGAUGGCAAGCGCCAAUGGUACAAGGUCAGUACACUCCGGAAGGGGCAUAUGCCCUCAAUUGAGCUUUGGAAAGAACAAGAAACUAACAUUGACAUUGUCUCGCAGACCUCCCGCUCCGGUUACAUCAUGUACCCCUACCUCCUCUCGGUCUACGGCCUCGGUGCUGCUACCACCUACGCCAUGUGCCGCAUGGUUCUCGGCCACAAGACUUGGUACUAG